GCAUAAAUGUAAAUUUCAGAAAUCGAAUUUCCAUUGUGACCCCAACCUGAAAUAUUUUAAUCUGGAAAUGGGCCAAGCCUGUGCCUUGUGUCAAGCUAGCCUGAACAGAUAUCUUCAGACAUCUAAUUUUUUUCACUUCAUUCCGCCCGGGAGAAGCCUGAGCCCUCCCACUGGGAGAGCAGUUUAUAUCUGAUACCCGGCUGCCCUGGAAGCGCACCUAUGAUGGCAGAUCAUUGUCCGCGAUUGAGAAUGGACAGGCGCAUCGUACAGAAGAAAAUAACUCAAUCAAAGGUCAACGGGACGUUCGUUUGAUUUUAAUGCACGUCCGCAGUGGGAAUCCGUGAACAAAUAAGCGUAUGAAGCAGUUUAGGAAUGUUAACCUUUUCCUUCUGAACUCUGAGAGGAGUGAUGUCCUCUCCAAUUAUAUUAAAGAGCUGAACAAUUGAAGGUGGGACGAGAUACCAGUGAUAUAAUAUGAACUUCUCUCCAGGCGGGUUGUGGAUCUUUUUUUCUGUAAUUAUCUGUUGGGUCGUGUCCAGAGUCAGCUCGUCUUGGUGGUACAUGGGCACCCUCGGCUCCCAGGUCAUGUGUGAUAACAUCCCAGGCUUGGUCAACAGACAGCGCCAACUAUGCCGCCAGCACCCAGCGAUGAUGCGCACUGUUAGCGAGGGCAUGAAGGACUGGAUCACCGAGUGCCAGCAUCAGUUCGAGCAUCACCGAUGGAACUGCAACACACUGAACAGAGACCACAGUCUGUUUGGCAGAGUUCUGCUAAAGAGUAGUCGAGAGGCUGCUUUUGUUUAUGCCAUUUCCUCAGCUGGCGUUGUCUACACCGUCACCAGGGCCUGCAGUCAGGGGGAGCUGGCCUCCUGUUCUUGUGACCCCAACAAAAAAGGCACCUCCAGCGACAAAAAGGGCAAGUUUGAUUGGGGUGGCUGUAGUGACCACAUUGACUAUGGUAUUCAUUUUGCACAAGCCUUUGUUGAUGCCAGAGAAAGAAAAGAGAGAGAUGCCAGAGCCCUGAUGAACCUUCAUAACAACAGAGCUGGUAGGAAGGCGGUCAAGCGCUUCCUGAAAUUAGAAUGCAAGUGCCAUGGUGUGAGUGGAUCAUGCACGGUGAGAACGUGCUGGCUAGCAAUGGCAGACUUCCGGAAGACUGGUGACUACUUGCGGAGCAAGUAUAAUGGAGCGGUCCAGGUCGUCAUGAACCAGUAUGGCACUGGCUUUACAGCUGCCUUCAGGAAAUUUAAAAGGCCAACAAAAAACGACCUUGUCUACUUCGAAAAUUCACCAGAUUAUUGCAUCAGGGAUCGGGAAGCAGGUUCUCUGGGCACUGCUGGACGGGUAUGCAAUCGAACAUCGCGAGGAGCAGACAGCUGUGAAGUCAUGUGCUGUGGCCGAGGGUACGACACGACCCGUGUGACCAGGAUGACAAAGUGUGAGUGCAAAUUUCAGUGGUGCUGUGCUGUCCACUGCAAAGACUGCCAGGAGACCAUUGACGUGCACACCUGUAAAGCUCAAAAGAACAUCGGCUGGUCCGAUCCAACUUGAACGGAUUGUUGUUGGACUUCUAUUAUAAAAAAAGGAAAAAACAAAACAACAAAGAUUUAAGGUUUAGAGAGCUUUAAAUGCUGGAAAAUAAGAUAGCGAGUGUGAGUAGAAAUGGGAGCAGCACUCAAGAGGCCAGACUCUCCUAUUUGUCAGAUUUGCUGCUUUUUGUUUUCUAGAAUGGUCUAUAAAUUUAUUUAAGUAAAAUAAGAAAACAGACUGCAGUCUUAGCAAAAAGAAAAAAACAUACUCGUACAUACAGUAAAAAGAUUGUUCAUUUCUGGCUGAGGUUUUAGAAAUUAAACAAGAAACAAUGAAUGAACAAACUCAUCUGCCAGAGAGUUUCCUAAGUAAUGUCGCAACUCUUUAAUGGUUUAUACUGGUCAUGAUUCUUCACAUUUCACAGUGGCGUAACAAGUGUAUGCAGCGACUCUGUGAUUCACGACAAGUAAUCAUUUAAGAGGCGACCUGCCCACAGAGUUCUUUCUAACAAUCACAACCUUCACCUUUGGUCAAGUCCAGAGAACUGUUUGGUCGUCUGUUUCACUGCCUUUGAUGGUCAUGCCGAGGGGGUUCAAAUGACCGAUAUCCAGCCAGAAGACACCACAUAGGCAGAGAAUGAAGGGGACCAUCAACUACAAUGGCACUUGGCUUCUUUAAACUAGCACACUCCAUCGCAACAUCUGACACAACUAAAUUCCGAUUUCUUAAUUUUGCCCAGUGCUCAAAAAAUUGAUUAUUUAUUUGGUUGCAUUGUUCAAGCACUUCAGUAAAGACAAAGAAUCCAGAAAUGUGGAGUCCUUGUUAAGAAGUAAGCCCACAAUGCCUUAAUAAUCAAAAAAAAGUAGAGUGCUGGGGUCCUAACUGCUAAAAGGCGGCAUUUUAUUGUCCGCGAAACAUUACAGGGCCGCGUUAUUAAGAGUACUAGUGCUGAGUGAUGUGAUGACAAAAACUAAACAUCAUGAGGAUUGUUAACAUUCUUAUUCCACAUUUAUGUUAAGAAUAUUUAGAUUAGGUUACCAUUGUUAGCCCAAGUAACACUCGCAGGCCACUUGGCUAGUGAUGUAUAUUUCCAAGGGACGAUUUCAACCCGACGUAUUUAGAGAAACACCAGUAAAAGCAAACACGUUGGAUUUGUUCAGCUUAACUCCUGCAGCCUCCAGUCCGCUUCUUCUAAUGUUCAUUAAUCAAGUAACAUUUUGUCUGGCUUAGGCACCCACACUUCUGGUAAACAGAGCUGUCCUCAGUAUCAUGGCCACACCACAUGGCCUUUUGUCUUUGAGAAUGCCGCUACUGUCAUUGAUCCAUUUAUUUUUUGGGUCACAGUGAGGUUUCCAAGUUUUAUGGAGAAUCAAGAAAAUACUUAAUACUCACUUAAAAUGUCUGCCUGUCCAAAUUCAUUCGCUCCUGUUUCUCUGUGGAACAAAGUGCUGUUUUAGGUCAGGCGUCCACAUCUUGCACUCCUGUGUAUUGUUCCGAGAUGGCAUGAAACUUGACAUUGAGGUUUCUCAUCCACAUUUGCUCGUUUCUGAAAGAGGCAGCAUACACUAUCAAACACAAAUGCUAGAGAAGUAUAAUUCACAUCUUUUAGAAGUGCAGCAGUGGGCCAUGAGCACCAUAGACUAGUGGCUCCCAAACUGAGCCCCGGUGUGGCUGCAGGUUUUUAUUACACAAUCAGUAAGUCAUUUCAACCCUAAUUGAUCUCUUUUAAUUAUCUGGUCUUUUUGCUCUUCUAUUAUUCUGCAUUAUGAAUAGCGUGAUUUUUUCAUUGAUAAGAAAUGUAUUCUUUGCAGUAGCUUUAAAUGCUUACCUCUCUUUUGUUGUUUUGCUAUUAAUUUGCCCGUUUUUGUGUAGUUCCCGCCCUUACUUGCAUAACAGCAUGCAGAGCAGACAUUGUGGCAAAUGACACAGAAUGCUGAAAGGCUGCGAACACUUCAGUGUACUCAUGAGCAAAGAAUGAGUUCAAUAAGCAGAGCGUCUGGAAAAGCAGAAUGAAAAUUAGGAUUAUGAUGAAAAAAUACUCACAAACCAACUUAAAAAAAAAACAACACUAAAUUAUUCCCACUUAAUUAAAUGCUUAGUACAUUCUAAUUAAGUUGCCAAAGUUCAUUUUGACGUUUCUACAUUGAACCCAAAACACAGAAAGUGUCAAAUAGCAACCUUCUUGAGUAAGCCAGGGGUCCACUUAAAAACAGAAGUUGGUUGGAACAAAAACCUGCAGCCACUGGGGGAUCCUCAGGACUGGGAAGCACUGCCACAGAUGUAUCGCUCUCAGGCUCAAAUGGGGCGUUUAAACCAGUCAGUAUGAGAUAUGAAUGAAAUUGGGAAUUUCAAUCUUAGUAUUCCAAGACCUGGUAGAUGGAGAAGGGCUCCUUUAUAAAGAUGGUGAUGUCCUUAUUAUUGUAAAGGCAGAGAGGGAGCCUCUUCAUUUUCUGGUGCCACUCAGCCAGAACAAAAGACAAUGAUGGAUUCAAAGCUCAGGUUUUCAACUGCUAAAAAGAUAGAAGACAACUUCAAAUAAUUUAAAAUAUGUUCUAAGGCCUUACCUUUCAUUUUCCACCUUUUAGGAAGCAAGGGGUUUGGGUUAAACAUGAAGAACAAUAGAGUGUGCAGUGGGAGUAGCGAUCCUGUAAGGGUGAAUGGCAGACUUGUGUGCGUUCCAUUCCUUGAUUGUUUCAACAGGAGCAAACAAAUUGUGUGCCCAAAACUGGGGCUGUUCAUAACCACUGCCAUCUAUUUCUGCCCUGGGAUGGACCUUUUGGUUUUUCUUUUUUUCACUGAUUAGUAAGCAAACAUUAGAGUGAAUGAUUUACAUAAAACAGUGUCAUAUGAUUCUUCAUCCAACUUAUCCAGGAGAUUUGAUGUGAUGUGACCACUAAUAGGCAUUCCAGGGAUGUUUACAGUAAGUCACAAAGAACAACGUUAGUAAGCGUUGCUGGCAGGCUGGGGCCCUGUUCCAGGUCUCUGGGGGUUAACCUCUGCCAACUUCACUUGUCCUCCUGUAUCCUUAAUGCCAUGCAGACUGGGGUUUCCCAAUUGUGUGCGAGUGGCUCCUCAUCCUGCCUUGUACCCAUUGCUGCUAGGAUAGGCUUAGGCUUCCAGUAACCCUGAACUGGAUUAAGAAGGUAUGAGCGUUUUAGUAAAUGUGUGCCAUACUGGGUAUUCUGAUCGGCCCUGUCCCAGCUCACGGUACUGCACUGGCUCUGCUUGGCUUCAGCUGUGUGGACCCCGACACGAAUGUCAAGAGCCGGUUUAUUGUUCACAUCAGUGAACAUUCAACAUAAGAUGGCUGCUUGGCUGGAGCCUUUAAAAGUGCUCAGAGUGCAAAUAAAGAGACUAAGAACUGGCAAAUGAGCUCAUCAAGAGGGCCAACUUUUGUUAAUAUCAGUUAGAAAAUCAGACAAAAAACAAAACAAAACGAGUAUUAAGUUAAACAGUGCUUCAUUUCCACACAUAAUUUAGUCCCUGAGUGUCGUAUUGGCUGGAAUGUAAACCUGCAGCCCCCACUGGAUGGAUUUUACCAACCAGAAUGUGGAGAAGACAGACGGGGCACCCAAAACACAAGAAACCCUUCCAAAAAAGGUGCCAGCCCCCCAGAGUUGGACUGGGUUCAGAUGUAGGUUGGAUGUUCAUCAGAGCUCAAUCCAUGCCAAAAUGCCAGAAAUUAUAAAUAUUUAGCUGAGACCUCAGUUUUAUGUUUUUUUUGUUUUUUUUUGUUGUAAAUCUAUUUAAGGUUGUCAGUUCAUUUGCACUUAGUUUCUUUUCUUUUUUUUGGUGAACUCUCGACACUUUGUAUCCAAGUGUUGUUUAAAGUACUGGAUGCAAAAAAAGCUGGGGGUUGCGUGUAGAUAUUCAACUAUAAUGUUUUGCUUUGUUUAGAGUUCUUAUUAUGGAUUUUUGCACGAUAAUGGCUAUUUAUUAUUAUUUUUUUUGGUCUCAUAUGAACUAGCGAGUGAAAAGACCAAACACAUUUUUGGCUUUCAACAGUUACAGUAAACACAAAGAAACCCAAGAGCCCAGGAUGAGCACCCAGAACCUGCUUUCAUAAUGUCGAGUAUUCUAAAAUCUACAUCUCCUUGCAAGUGUUAUUAUGUGCCAUUUAAUAAUGGAGAGAUGCACAGUAGAGCAGACCUUUGCAUGCAGAAUGAAGACUUUUAUCUUAGUAACACUUGACACAUUAGAGAUCCAUCAGUAGUUACACAUGUUACACAUACUGUUUAACUAAGAGUCAAAGCAGCCAUCCCCUCCAAGCUAGCUUAGUCUAAUUCAGGGUCAUGGCGGGCCACAAGCACUUCAUGAAGUGUAGUAUGACUUGGUUUGGUAUGCAGGCUGAAGUGUCAGUGUAACUACAAAAGGAAGCACAAAGCAGACCGCGUCCAAGUCUGGGAACAGAUCUUGUGUUCUUGGCUCAGCCCGCCCUGACACACAGUCAGCAUAAUGUCAGCACUCUGCGUUAGCCUUCUUUGCAAAAACUGAUUGCUGUGGUGCACAUUUCUCUGAUCAAUGUAUAUUUUACUGUUGGGACCAUCUUUCUUGUGUACUUAUACUUAUCACAGAUUGAAUGUAUUAUCAAUAAACCAGAACUGUAAAGCAGUCAUGCACAUUGCACAGCCUGUGUAUAUCUGCUAAAUUUUGAAUCGAAUGUGUAGAAACCAAACCUUAAGGCAACAUGCAUUGUAAAGGACGCACACACCA